CGUGCAGGUCCCCGGCGCCUUCGCCUCCGUCGCCGAGCUGAAGCGGCUGAUCGCGGCCACGGGGCGGCACGGGACCGGCCGGACGCGGGGCCGCGGCCCGCGGGACGGCAUCGCGCUCUGCGACCCCCGCACCGGGGAAGGUGCGUGCGGUCACACCCCCGCGUCGUGCCGGUUCAGGCGAACACCACCGGGAGUGCAAACGAUCGUGCUGUAGAUAGAGGACAGGGUUUUUGAUCGGGUCGUGUCGCGGUAAUUUUGGGGACGGCCGGGCAUCCAUUUCUGUUCGAUGCCGAGAUGUUCUCCCCUGUUGCUCUGCGUUCGCAACAGGGGAAUGCGCUGCAUAUGUCCAUAGCCGUAAUCUUGAUCUGUCCUCGUUAGAGCUUCAUCGUCUUGGGAUGCUAGAAUACGUUGAUGAAAAUACAAUGAUACCUCAGAAUUCUACAGUGCUGGUCCACCGGCUUGCCGGACAUCCGACGGACGCAAUUAACACAUCGCCCAUAGUCUUAGAGAAUGAUGCGAUGGCAUCCGACAAGACAGUUGCUGAGUCAACUUUGAAAUCAAGUGCAUUUACAGAAACUGAUGAUGAAGAGGUAGCAGCAAUUAGAAAUGUGAUUGAUGCAGCAGAGAUAAAGUGGGGAGAUUCUUCAUCUGGAGGUGGAUAUGAUGGUGGACAGUUAGGCUGCCAUAAUGGUCGUCCAUUGGAAUGGGAGGCACCCCCUCCUGGCUAUGUCUGCCGCAUUUGUCAUAUUCCUGGACAUUUCAUUUGGCAUUGCCCAUCAGGGAGCAAGCCGCCUCCACCUGGCUAUAUCUGCCACAAAUGUGGAGUCCCAGGGCACUUUAUUCAUUCUUGCCCAAAUUAUGGUGACAGGAAAUAUGAUUCCAGAAGAACCAGUUCACUGAUACCCAUAGUAUCUAGCUUUGAUGAUGGUAUCCCAGCGGAACUUGUCCAGGCCAUGUUUAGCAGUGUCAGUGAUAGCUUGCCAGCAGAACUCCACUGCCCACUAUGCAAGAAGGUUAUGACAGACGCAAUGUUGACAAGCAAGUGCUGUUAUGAUAGUUUCUGUGAUAAAUGCAUUCGGGACUACAUUUUUGCCCAAGCGAAGUGCAUUUGUGGUGUUGAAAUACUUGCAGAUGACCUAAUUCCCAAUCAAACUCUUAGAAGUACAAUCUCAAGCAUGUUGUCAUCAAGGGUUGGUGGCCUUUCAAGUGGUACAGGGAAUCUUGCAAGCUCCAUUAGCAGCGAUUUAGAUGGCAAAUCUAUCAGUUUCACUGCACCCGCUGUGUUAAAAGGGGACAAUAUGCAACAUUUGGACAGCACACCAUCGGCUGCUACUGGAGGCAGUUUCUUGAUAACUGCGUGCAAGAAUCCAUUAGGUCAUCACCAGAAACUGACACGUUCUGAUCUCCAGAGUAAAACCGAAGAGACUGAAAAAACGUCAGUAAAGAAGACCAUAGUGCUGACAGAUGCCAUGAAAACUGCUCCAGAGCCAAGAUGUCAAAAACAGUCGCCACCGGAUGGAGUAGCAAUACUUUCUGGGAAGCUUGAGCGAAAAGUGGUUAAGACUAAGUCAGCAAAGAAGAAAAGGAAGUCUGGCACAACUGGAAAUGGUGACACCAACUGUGCUGGAUAUGAUUGCAACAUUCCAUUUGAACCAUCAUGUUACAACUCUUCAUUUGGACUUGGAGGACUGCCUUGGGGAGCUGAUCCUUACAGCAUGUACUUUAUGCCUAACAUGCCUUCCAGAGGCUACCCUAUGGGCAUGUAUAAUGUCAAUGAUAUCAGCAACUUACCACUGCACACUCCUGGAAUGCAAGGCUACCCAGCAAUCCAUUACAGCAGUGGAUUCCAUCCUGGAGUUUUCCAAGAUCAUGAACCUUCUGCACACGCAAGGCUGUCCGACAGCUACAAAAACAUAGGUCCACAAUCUCCGAAACCAGAGCUUCAUCAUUCCCGCGCCUCAGCUCAGAAACGAGGAUCCAGGAGCGGUGGCAGAUCGGUUCCAGAGAUGCGAGACAGCAGCAUCGAGUCCCAUGACUACUAUGCGGAGUACCAUAGUCGGAAGAAGGCCGGAACACACCCUGCUAGCAGUCCAAGGGAUGGCAGUCAGCAUAGACGUGCAGUGGACAGUGGUAGCUUUGAGUUUGAUGACUACAAUGAGGAGUUCCAUGGUAGGAGAAAGGGGCGGGCGCGUUCUAGGAGUCGGAAAUCCAGCUCCAAGCACUCGUACAGGAGGCACGCGUAUGAGGGCUCAACUUCGAGCGACGAGGAACGCAACUUCAAGCGAAGAUGGUAGGGCAGAUCACAAUGCAAGCAGUUUUGUUUUUUUUCGUAAUUCCUGAAUCCUGAUGCACCGUGAUUGAACAUAAGGUGCUCGUACAUGGGAAUAUUUGAUGUGGUUAGUGUAAUGCCUGAGGGAGUGAGGAUUUACAGUUAAUUUAUUUUGCGUGUCGAGCAUGAAACAAAGCAGCGGCUUAAUGAACUGUAAUUGCCACUGGGAAUUUGAGAUCCUACUGGAGGUCACUGAGCCGAGUGUAGCGGCUUGUGUCAAUUUUUAACUAGAGAUCAACUAGUGUAACUGGGAUUUUUCUCUA